CAAUUUUGCCUGAUCGGUACACCUAAGCUGUGCGUUGGGGCAACGGGGCCAUUUCAUGCUAAACCCAAUGGCCUCGCCAGACUCAACAUCACACGGCCGUCAAUGGGUGAGUAAUACCUCGUAAGGCGCUCAAGAUGAAAACGGAAAUACAUGUGGACCGAGGCACUGAGCUAGGAAGCAAGAAGUACUCUUUGAUGGCAGUCAUACUCUGACAGGAACAGCUUGCGAUCAAAGUCACAAGACGAGUCCGGAUCCAACUUUAUGGAGCAUACCGCCGAUCCACAUGUACCUUUUAGUCUCCUACCGUCACCCAACCUCACAUCUCAACCGCCACUUCCUCUUUCCAUCAUCAUGCCUUCCUCAAAACGACCCAGAAUAUCAGAAGAUGAUCCUCUCACUCUAGCAAUCGCACCUCCUCCUACAGAAUCACCUGCAGAACGCGAGGAACGUCUUGCUGCGGAACAAGAAGCAAAGCGUGUGUCUGACGCAAUCGACGACGAGCUCAACAAACAACGUAUCUCAGAGAAGAAAGGUCCAAAGGCAAUCAAGAUACUACUCCUAGGUCAGAGCGAAUCAGGCAAAUCGACAACACUGAAAAACUUCCAACUUAUGAACUCUCCUAAGGCCUUCCGCUCAGAACGUGCCUCCUGGAGAGCCGUCAUCCAACUCAAUGUCGUUCAAUCUAUACACGCAAUCUUGGACCUAAUGUCCAAGGCACAUUCCUCAGCCCACCCUUCCACCUCCUUGACUAACUUGUCAAAUCCCUCUUCUCUACCCAAUCCACCACUCAAGGAAUACCCACCACUCAACCCAGAACAUUUGAAGCUCAAGAUGCGCUUAGCUCCAUUACUACAAGUUGAAGUCACCUUGAUAAAGAAGCUUCUCCCCAAUGGCCACGCCCAGCUCUCCAAAUUAGCCAAUCCCGCCCAAUCCCUUCCUAUUCAGCAAGAGAUCAGCGUCAACUCUUCCGCAGGCUGGAAGAACACCUUCAGUCGGCUCAUGGGCCGAAACAGCUGCGACAGUGCGGAUUUAAUCGACUGGUCCGACCCAGACGACCCUGGUGUGGUUUUAAACGCUUGCGCAGAAGACAUGAAACGGCUCUGGACGGAUCCUAUCAUCCGAAAAUUGAUGGACAUCGAGAAGAUGAGACCAGAAGAGAUGGCUGGCUUCUUCCUUGAUGCACUGGAUCGCGUGACUUCACCCCGAUACGUCCCCACUGAUGAUGAUGUUCUCCGCGCGCGGCUAAAGACUCUCGGAGUCUCGGAACAUCGAUUCACUAUGAAAACAGGUUCCAUGGGAUCACCUAUGAGCCAUGAUUGGCGCGUGUUCGAUGUUGGCGGCCAAAGAUCACUGAGAGCCGCGUGGGUUCCGUACUUUGAUGAUAUGAAUGCCAUCAUUUUCCUGGCACCCAUAAGCUGCUUUGACCAGGUUCUCCAAGAAGACCCAUCCGUAAAUAGAUUGGCCGAUUCUUUCCUUCUUUGGAAAGCUAUUGUGUCCAACCCCCUGCUGAAGAAGACGGAGCUGAUCCUCUUUCUAAAUAAAUGCGAUAUCCUGCGCGCCAAGCUCGCAUCAGGCAUUCGCUUGGCCGAUUACAUCGUCAGCUACGGGAGUCGGCCGAAUGACUUUGAAAGUGCUAGUCAAUACCUGAAAAAGAAAUUCGCUGGCUUGCUAAAAGAGCAUUCUCCCGAGCGACUAUACUAUUUCCAUCUUACAUCAGUGACUGACACGAAAUCGACGACAUACAUCCUUGAGAACGUGCAAGAUGUUCUCGUUCGCGAUAACCUGAGGAGAAGCGCGCUCGUAACCUAACAUCUGAUAUCGUGCAUUCCUACUUUUCAAGACCUGAGAUACCUGCAUGGAACUCCCGCGACCUCCCGCACCCAACUACCUAUGCCUGUGACUAUGUUGUAUCAUCAGCCGUUGUCAUCGGUUUUAUUGUUGCGAAUGCACUAUAUACCUCUGGGACACUUUAGAUUCGCCCCUUCUACCCGCUCCUCUGCGCAGCCUGUAGCUCUCUUUCUUCUGGGGUCAUGGUGCAGGGUAUAUUAGUGCAGGACGCUGUACACCCACUCUCAGUCGCUUGUUAUACAUACAUAAAGCUGUUCGUAAGCAUUUAUCGUAUCGUAGCAUCUGCUAUGGGCGCUUGGUGCGAAAUGGACUGAUACUUACUACGAAUAAUCAAUAUAAUUGGUGGGA